AAUUCGUUCGCCAAACUACACACAAAUGCAAGUAUUGUUGCGUCGCACAUUACCACAGCAGCUACAGCAGUCACCACAAAUAACACCUCCCCAACCGCCAGAGUCGGACAGUGUAUCAAUAACAUUAGCAACAAUUAUUACAACAAUAACAACAUUAAUAAUAAUAAAACCACCGUUAUAUCCACACAACCCCUUUUUAGUAAUAGUCUACAAAAUUCGGCGCUUACAAACCAACAAAACUCAAUUGGGCAAAAUGUUGGCGGCGGUGGGGCUAAUAAUGUUGCAAAGCAUAUAAAUACGGUAACUGGCUUAGGGCCCACAAUGCAACAGCAAUUUAAUACGAAUGCGAAAAAUAACCACACACAACUGUUGUCACAACAGCAGCAGCAACAACAACAACAGCUGUCAGCAAAUACGCUACAACAAACGCCGCAGCAGCAACGGCAUCAACAAACCCACCCACCGCCACCACGUCAAUCACACUCUUACCCUUACAACAACAACAACAAUAAUAAUAAUAGCAGCAAUAAUAUUAAUCUUAACAUAAGCAAUGUUGCGCCCAAUAUGUCCGGCAACAAUAUAUCGAAAUCACAACAACAACAACAACAAACUUAUACAACAAUCACGUCAACACAACAUCUUAACGGCGCACUAACGACAACAGCGAGCGCUACACAGAAGUCGCUCACACAGCCACUACAUAAACAGCAACAACAACAGCAGCACCAUACAACGGCUCUGGCCAACAAUAAUAGUAAAAUUGUUGGCCCAACUAUGUCAGCGACUAAUAUGUUCUUUGUAAGGCCAACAAAUCCAGCACCACCACAACCAUUACACAUUGGUGAAUUGCAACCGUUUGUGCCGGUGCAGCUCUUUUAAAUUUUACACAGCUCAGCUACAUAUGUCUGCAAGGAAAGCGAAAAAAGAAAAGAAGCAGAAGAAAUAAAAUGCUUCUGAGGCAACGGCAACACAGGAAAACAUAGAAAAGCAUAAUUUAUCUUUACAUUUAUAAAAAAAAAAUUGCUUUCAUUGUGUUGCUAAAAAAAAAAAACAAAUGUGUCGAAAAACUUACAUACAGACAAACUUGCAUUAAUUUACAGAAAACAGAAAAUGUUCCAGUGAUUAACAAUGUGAAAUUCCGCAUUGCAGUGAACAGCGAUUUAAAUAAGUAAUAACAAGUAAAUAUAGAUUUCUAUGUUUAAAUCAACGAAAUAGGGAAAAGAACGACAAAAACAAAAACACAAAACGAAACAAAAAUAAUCUAAAACAUGAUAUAAAAGUAAAAUACAAACAUGACGUUAAAUCAAGCCCACUUACAUACAUAAACACAUACAUACAAUGUAUUUACAUACAAACAUUUACAUAUAUGCCUGUGGGCUAAUGUUUAAGACGCAUAUUAUUUAUAAAAGUAAGCUCUUAUCUAAAAAAAAUUAUAUUUAUAUAUUUAUAUUCUUAAUGAAACUAAUAGCAAGAAAAUACAAUAGGAUAAACAUUUAAACAAAGCGAAACAAAAAGAAAAGCUAAUGGCAAAUACCAGAAAGGCUAAACUUAUCGAUAAAGUAGAGCGCUUACAAAGGGAGUAGAAUCAAAGAUGACAUGAAACAUGCAAACAGAAUUACUUUCAACAAUUUUACAAAAAAAAGAAAACAGAAAAACAAAUACGAAAGAAAAUAAUAAAUAUUGAAAUUAAUUAACAAAACCAUAUAAAUUUAUAAUAAUAAUAACCAGUAAUUGUAUGUGUUAAAAGCCUAUUUAUUACAUAUUUUAAGCUCAAAUUGCAAAUUAGUAGCUAAAAGUAUAAUACUAUAAUGGCACUAAAAUUGAAACAUUUAAAAUAUAAACAAUUUACAUUAAAUCGAACAUGGCUAAUACUAAAAGAACAUGAACGGCACAUAAAAUUACAGAAUUUAAGCAGACAAACACAUAUAAAAACGCAUACAUACAUAUGUAUGUAAAUGUAAUGAACGAAACUGAAUAUUGAUUUGGAGACAAAUGCGGUACAAUAUGUUAUAAUGAACAAAUUUAUGCGUUGACUAUUUUAAAUUUAUUUUUAAAUUUUUUUAUGUGUUUUUGUUAUUAUUUUCUUUUGUUAGAGACACAUACGGAAUAAUAUGUUAUAAAGACCAAGCUUACGCUUUACCUAUUUUUUAAAUUUAUUUUUGUUAUUUUUUUAUGUGUUUUUGUUAUUAUUUUUUGGUUUUGUUUUUUAACUUAUUUUAUUUUUAUUUUUUUAAUUUGUUAUAUAUAAUUUUUUAAUUAAUAAUUUAUUUAUUAUUUAUACUCUUUUUUUGUAUUAUUGUUUUUUAUUACAGUAAUAUUAAUAAUUUAAUAUUGUUAUAACAUUAAUAAAUACAAAAAAUGUAUCUAUUUUUAUUGUUUUUAUUUUUAUUUUAUUUAUUCUUUUUAUUAUACUAUUUUUUAUUUUAGUAUUUUUAUUUUAUUUCUUAUUUACAUUUUACAAUUUUUUUCGUUUUUAAUUUUUAUUUCAAGUUUUAUAGUUUUUUUUCGUAAUUCGUGUUAUAUUUUUUUGUAAUAUGUGCGUCAAAAAAUGUAAAUUAAAAAAUUGACAAAUUUUCGCAAAGCCGCAAAAAAAUUUUAUUUACUUUUUUGUAAACACAAACUAAAAAUUCAAAAAGAAAUUUGAAUUCAAAAAUAGUAUUUAUCAUUGUGAAAAUUGUUAUUUUAAUAAUUUCAUAAAAAAAAAAAAACUUAAAAGUGAAAACUCAGACAAUUGUAGCGCACCCUAAUAACUAAAAGACAUUGAAAACUUUUGUGUAUAUUUUAAAGAAUAGUAAUCCAUUUCUAAAAAACAGCGAAAAUUUAAAAAUAUUAGAUCAAUAAAAUGUUUUAUUAUUAAUAUAUUUUUACAAUAUUUAAAAUUCAAUGAAAAUGCCAAUACGAAUUUGCUCUGAAAAAUAUUUUUUUUUUGCAAUUUUCUUUAAUAUUUAAAUAAGGAAUUCAACACAAUAUGAAUUUUAGUUAAUUUUCAUAAUUAAAAAAUAAAUUCAUAUUUGAAAUUAUCGCUGUAACAACAAUAAAAAAAAUUUCUUAUGCGUUUAAAAUGAAAAAAUAAACCUAUAUUGUAUUCUACAACUUUUUAAUAAAUGAUUUUUUCGGAAAGCAAAUGUAGAAUUGAAAAAGAAUCAUGAUUACUUUUAUAAUUGCUAAUGAAUGCAAAUAUUGUUGGAAACAAUAAAAAAAAAAAAUACACACACAUCUACACAUUUAAUAAUAUACUUAUACAAUACAUACAUAUAAUUUGUAACUAAAUCUUAAUAAAUCAUAAAGUUAUUAAUUAAUAUUAUACUUACAAGCAAAAAUAAAAAAAUAAGAAAAAAUAUAUAUUAUUGUAACACAUAUACAAUUAAAACAUAACAUGCUGAUAAAGUACAUAAAAGUAAACCAAGCAAUCGUUAAAUCGAUCUUGAAAUAUAUGAAUAAAAGUUAUACAUAUACAUAUACACAUACAUAUAUAGAAUGGAAAAUAAUAACAAUACUUAAAAUCGCUAUAUCGAUUGAAAGAAAAAAUAAGAAGAAAAAACUAAAUAUUACUUACAAUAAUUGCAGCAGUCAGUGUAUAGUAACAAAAAAAAAGAGAAAUUUCUGCACAUAUGUAUGUAGCAUGCGCAGCAUAACGCUGCCGGCAUAAGUCUUGUGUGUUCUAUCUUUUCGGAUGGCGUUUAUAAUGGAUCCCCCUCGUCGAAUGGCGACUACUUCUUUGAAAAUGUGCUGCUCUGUGCAAUUAAUAAUAAAUAUUACCCUUCAAAUGAAAAUAAAUAAAUAAAUGGCAUACAAUAAAAUAUAAAAAGAUACGCAUUAAUAAAUACAAAAAAUA